AUAAAGUUGGAUUUUCCUUUUACAUGAAAUUCCAAUCUUUACAAGUUCAACUUUUUUUCUCUAUAUAAUUCCUUUCUAUUCAUCCCAUCUUUUCAUCUUCUUUUCAUUCUACUCAUUAUUUCGUCAAUGGAGUCAGAGAAAACUUUCUCUUUCUUUCAAUCUCGCCAAACACCCUUUUCUUCUCCCUUCCUCCUUUUCUUCUUCACCAUUCUCAUCCCUCUCCUCUCUUUCUUCCUUUUCUCAUUAAGGCAUAAAAUUUGGUGUAACUGCAACACAUGUCGCAGCUGCAUCACAUCCAGCUGGUCGAAAGAUUUCGACAACCUCUGCGAUUGGUACACUCAUCUUCUUCAAAAGUCACGAACUCAAACAAUCCACAUACACGUCCUUGGCAACACAAUCACUGCUAAUCCUUCCAACGUUGAGCACAUACUCAAAACCCGAUUCGAUAACUACCCCAAAGGAGAGCCCUUCUCUAUGAUCCUCGGUGAUCUUCUCGGCCAUGGUAUAUUUAAUGUUGAUGGAAAUUUAUGGAGGUUUCAGAGAAAAAUGGCCAGUCUAGAGCUCGGAAGUGUUUUUGUUCGAUCGUCAGCAUUCGACAAGGUUGCCACCGAGAUCAAAACCCGGCUUAUCCCACUUUUGUACUCUGUUGCUGGAAAAAAUGAAGGUGUUUUGGAUUUACAAGAUGUUUUUCGUCGAUUUUCGUUUGAUAAUAUAUGCAAAUUUUCGUUCGGGUUAGACCCCGGUUGCCUUGAAUUAACCCUACCCAUUUCACAUUUUGCGCAUUCGUUCGAUUUGGCCACAAAGCUAUCUGCAGAGAGAGCGAUGGCGGCGUCACAGUGGAUUUGGAAGAUCAAAAGGGUUUUGAACAUAGGAUCAGAGAGAAAGCUCAAGGAGGCUAUUCAUCAAAUUAACAUUCUCGCAAAGGAAGUGAUAAAGCAAAGAAGGAAAUUAGGGUUUUCGACGAAUCAAGACCUUCUUUCAAGAUUCGUGGCCAUAACCGACAACGAAUCGUAUCUUAGGGAUAUUGUAAUCAGCUUCAUUCUGGCAGGCCGAGACACGGUGGCCUCGGCUUUGACCAGCUUCUUCUGGCUACUGGCCAAUCACUCGGAAGUUGAAUUGAAAAUUCGUGAUGAAUUAGACCAAAGGAUUCAAGAAAAUCAAGAUUUUGCUACGUUGGAACAAAUUAGACACUUGCACUAUCUUCACGCGUCAAUUUCUGAGAGCAUGAGGCUCUAUCCUCCUAUCCAAUUCGACUCAAAGUUUGCUCAGGAAGACGACACCCUACCAGACGGUACAUUUGUGAAAAAGGGAACUAGGGUUACAUACCAUCCCUAUGCAAUGGGUCGGAUGGAAGCAAUAUGGGGUCCAGAUUUUAUGGAGUUCAAGCCUGAGAGGUGGCUAAAGAGUGGUACUUUUUGCCCACAAUGCCCAUAUAAGUACCCAGUGUUUCAAGCUGGAAUUAGGGUUUGUUUGGGUAAGGAAUUGGCACUAGUAGAGAUGAAAAGUGUGGCAGUUGCAGUACUUCGACGGUUCGAGAUUAAAGUUGACAGGGUGGGUUAUGCGGCGAUCCGGUUCGAACCGGGGCUAACGGCCACCAUGAAAGGCGGGCUUCCGGUGGUGGUUAAGGAGAGGAGCACCCAUGCUGGCCCAUGACAACGUGCACCGUGUUGUAACUAAUAUUUUUUUAUCAUUUCGAUAAAUUAAUAAUAAAUAUUUAUUAAGUUAGUACAAAGAUAAAUAAAAUAUGAUAAGAAAAAUAUAAAAAUUAUAAAAGGGUCUAAGAGCAUCUUUGUAGCACAUGGGCAUUCACUAUAAUUGUUUGUGAGGUUGGUUUCAGUGGGUCUGCAUGUGGGGGGUACGUAAAGUGUGGAAAUUUUCAAUCUUGUCAACUGUUGCGGACACUGCAUUUUAAAUGAAAAAUUGUUUGAGACCACUAAUACAAUGAGCUCUAAUAGCUCUAAAAA